GGCUGGUAGUGGGUAAUCAGUAGAGGGUGAAGAGUGGUGGAGGAAGGGAGGUGGGUGUAUGAUGCAGCACAGUGUGUGGCUACCACACUAACACUGCAGUACCAGCAGCAGGCACCAUGACCCUGGCACUACUACAUCUUGUGGCCCUGGCUGGCCUCACCACCAGGGUUGCUGGACAUUACUGUGAGUGGGACCUCUGUGGCAGUGAGCAGUACUGCUGUGGCGACAAUCUUUGCUGCGAUUAUGUCUAUAGUCUUUGGUAUUUCUGGGUUGGAGUUGUGUUCCUGGUGUUGCUGUUGUCUGCCUGUGGUGGUCUGUUCAGAUACUACUACAGACGCUGGAGCAGUGUGGGUAGCGGUCCUAAUUAUAUUCCCUUCCCCACCAGUCCAGCAUACACCUCACUUCCUACACACAUCUCCAGCCAGGAUCCUCUCUUUCAGAUAACUGAAGAUGGUGUCAAGCCUGAGCUGUAGGUUGUGGUGGCAUCAGUUUGGUCUUCCUAGACACUCCCAGCAGUACCUCAUAUUAGUUCCACCAAUAUAAAUGAAGACAGAAACAUUCAAGAAUUUAAAUUAAAUAAAAUUAAUAAGCUUCACUUUUAGGUAUUUAUACUUAAAAAUUGUUCAUUAUUAUCUUGUUGCACAUUUGCUCAUUUGGAUGUUUCAGUUUUUACUGCUAAUAUUAGUGAUUAUAAAAGUGAUGAAGAUUUAUAUUGCAUGCAGUUUAGUUAUUCAGUGUGAAUAUGUGUACAGUAUAUAUACCAAACAUUAAAGAUGGGGGAAUAUACAAAUAAGUACCUGUAUUAUCCUGGGAUUUAAUAUACUAAUUAAAAGUGAUGGGGAAGUGUGGACUGUGUGUGUUUAAAUGGUCAUUAACAAAAUUUAUUUUGUAUUGCACUUCUGUUAAAUUUUGUGCAGGCUGCAGCCUACUGAAUUCUGUAUUCUUGCCAUACAUAAACUAUACUUGUAUAAACUGUAAGAUACAGAAUUCUGGAGCUAUUACCAUAACAUUAAAGAAAUACGUUGGAUGAGACCUGCUAAUGUCAUUCAUAUGAUCCAUACGAUCUCAUUCCAUCACUGGGUAACUUGAUUAAAUACAUAUUGCCAAAAACUGUAAUUGUAUGACAUAUCCUCUUUUUUUUAUUAUUAUUAAAAUAAAAGAAUUUAAUUAAUUUUCUUGUAUUUGUUAGUGAUUUUAAUGUUAAUGUUACCAAUAAAGUUUAUGGAGUGCUGUACAUAAACUUCAUUAUACAUACUGUCUAAAAAAAAUUCAAUGGUUUAAGUUGAAAUUGAGUCUUGCGUUCCUUGCUGAAUUCCUAGGCGAGCUAAUUCACUUUCUUGUAUCCUCAGAAGUGUGAUGACCUAUUUGGUUAAAGAGGCAGACCUAUUGUUUAGCUUGUUAUGUAAUUUCUCGAAGUUUCCAUUGGUUUUAUCACACUACUUCCUCUUGGAUCCCAUUCCAGCAGUUAACCACUGUGAAUUUUUUUUUGUAUCAUUUGGAAUUUGUCUAGUUCCUGCACUCAGUGUACGGUGGACAUAUUACGAUGUAAUGAGCUGUCGUCAUAUCAUUAUGUAAAUACUCUUCUGGAGAGAGAGUGAGGGAGUGAGUGACCCUAUUUCUUCUAUGGGUCAUCCUGCCAUUGGCUUGGUUACUGAAAAUUUAAUUCACCGUGGUAUUCCUGCAACCCUGUAAUAAAAUUCAACAAUCCAGUGUUAAGUUCAUACUUGAAUGUGUUCUUAAGUAACUUCUCCCUGUUUGAAUCAUCUCAGAAGUAUAUAUUUUUUUUAUUAAGUUGUGCAUGGGAGAAGAUACAUGAUUAAUGACAUGAGCAAAUGGACCACUGCUUUGUUAUGCUCUCUUACUUUAUUCUCAUUCUCUUUCCCUGCUAUUCACUAUGACAAUCACCAGUAUGAACAGAAUUAUGAUCUUUGGACUAUAUCUUGCUGUAAAGACACUGGCUCAGUCUGUGUAGACUUGAGUAUCCUAGGAUGCUAUAGCCUAAAAAUUAUAGAAAAAUUUCACAUUGGCUGCUAAAACCUCACUUUUCCUUUUAUCCAGUUAUGGUCUGGCCUGAGGACUGAUGUCUUUGUUGAGUGCUAAUCAAUCAGGCUGUUGGUGCCAGGGGUUUGGCUGUUAUGGCAUUUCCUGUAUGAAGUGAUCCACUUUCUAGAGGAAAUAGGACCACUUCUAAUAAUGAGUGCCAAUUCAGGAGGGGACAUGGCACAAUAGACCUGGUAUUACUGGUUCAUUAAGCAGUCAGCAAGGUUGUCUGGCUUCAGGUCAGGUUGCGAGUGUAUUUAAGAACCUUUGAAAAUAGAAACACACCAACUGAGGGAAACAUCAGUUGAGGUGUUUCUUGAGGGCACACUUUACAUUAGUUGUUGAAUGUUUUACUCAGUAGUCAGCAGUCUCCUCUCCACUUGUUCUCGCUGCAGUUUUAUAUUUUAUCAAGUGCGCACAAUUCAUAAUACUUUCGUGGUGUUUUUCAAAGUUUGUGAUCCAUUUUUACAACUGCUGUUGUUCAGAUGCAGUACAGAGUUUGUGUGACAAAUGUAUACAUUUAAAAAUUCCUGUUUUAGGCAUUAAUUUGAGAUGUCAUUAAUUUAUAGAGGUAUCACUAUUAAAAAUAUAUUCCUUUAACACACAAUUUUAAAACUGAAGAGCAUUGGUCUGUAUGUUCUCCAUAAUAGAUUUUAUAUAAAAGUACCUCAUUUUUGUUUUGCAUUAAUAUAUUUACAGUUUAAAGCUUGAAUCGAGUAUUUUAAUACCACAUUAGAAGUAGUUUUAUGAAACUGUUGUACAAUAAAUUGAUAUGGUUCUUCUACUAAGAGACAGUCAGUCUUUUGACCUAUAAGCAGUGAUGACUUGCAUGUAAUUGAUUGUUGUAGAUCUUGACGAUGGCCUGAUCUGUCGACCUUGGUCUCUUAUUAUUCUCAAGUAUUAUCUUAAAUAAUUUAAAGGGUCAUUUAACCCAUAAGUAGUUAUACUGUCAGCGGUUGUGUUUUAAUCUUAAUCUUAUUAAUAAUGUAUUUUACAAAUAGAAAACCAAUGUUGUCCAUAUUUUUUUAUAAAUACUGAUUUGUGGUAAGAAAUAUGUAGAAAUUGGAGGUUUUGUAUAUACAAAUAUUUUUUUGAUAUUAUGUUAGCUGUAAAUUCUCAAAUACAUAUUAUGAAGAAUUUUAAUAAACAUUUAUAUUAUA